AUGUCGAAAACCUGUAAUAAUUACAUCUCAGAAUCAUUCUCGGCUAAAUACACUUCGAGAACAUUUAACGCUCCGCAUUAUUUACACGCAGCAUAUUACUCAGGAGAACUUAGUUACAAAGUGGAGAGUAAAGUAAUGGUUAACAUACGCAUUACUGAUACGAGUUUCAAUCCCAACACGACUUCUCCCCAAAUGACCCUCUUAUUAGCAGACAUUGAAUCCGACAACCAGCUUGGCAUGGCUCUUGAUUUUAAUGGCUCGAGCUACAAUGGUUUUAAUCAAACUUUUACCAAUUUUUUGGAAACACCAGCCAUGCAUGUAAUUUUUUAUCGCCAACAAAAUUAUGUAUCUUACUUGCUAAAAGAGAGGGAUAUGAUCAGUCCCAAUGCAUUUGCUUACUUUGGUUUUCCGCAAAAAACUACUCAGUCUUAUGUGACUUCAACAUUAACCAGUGGUCCAUUGGCUCCAAAUGACGAUCCCAAUAUAUUUGGAUCUAUAUACAUACAACCUGCCAGCUUUGUUAUCAGAACAGAGACACAGCAAAUGACACGCACGAUCUUUAACGCACUCGGUUUACUUGGUGGCGCAUGGAGCGUCGGCAUCGGAUUGUACGCCUUUCUAUACGGUAGUGACAUCCUAAAUCCAUGGGGUUGCGUCCACUCAUACUGUUGUUAUUAUGCUCGAAAAAGCCGUUUGCAAGUUCGCGAAUCAUUCUCAGCAAUGUUACUGCAAUCUCCCAGAUCUUUGGUUAGGCCAUCACCGGACUUAUCGGCGCCAAAUAAUUUGUAUCACGCAUUGGAGCAACGACUAGACACUCUGGAAUUGUUUUUGAAGGAAUGUGUGGUCGACCAAACUUACUUGGAAAAUUUAAACGAUGGUAAAAAUUCGAAUAAAUGGAAUAAGUUAUUAGAAAAGUGGUCUUGGAGAAAGAAAAAUAAAAUUAACACUACUAGUAAUGUCGACAAUAGCUCGUCACCGAGUCUUCUAACGCUGCAAGUACCUUAA